ACACACACACUCACUGCAGCCCGUUCAGCUCCACACUAGCCGUCUCACAUCUCUCUACCAGCCGUUGGACACCGUCUCACCGUCUCACCGUCUCACCGUCUCACCGUCUCACCGCCGGCCAGCAGAACGUGCGUUAUAUCGAGACAACCUGUGAUCAUGUCCUCCGUGCUGCAGAAGCUCAUCACCCCUCUGGCCAGCUGCCCCGCUGAGCCCCCCAGGAACAAGAUGACGGUGGUGGGGGUGGGCCAGGUGGGCAUGGCCUGCGCCAUCAGCAUCCUGCUGCGGGAGCUGUGUGAUGAGCUCGCUCUGGUGGAUGUGAUGGAGGACCGUCUCAAGGGAGAGAUGAUGGACCUGCAGCAUGGCAGCCUCUUCCUCAAGACCUCCAAGAUAGUGGCUGACAAAGACUACGCGGUGUCGGCCAACUCUCGCCUGGUCGUGGUGACGGCCGGCGUCCGCCAGCAGGAGGGCGAGAGCCGCCUGAACCUGGUGCAGAGGAACGUGAACGUCUUCAAGGCCAUCGUGCCCCAGAUCGUCAAGUACAGCCCCGACUGCAUCAUCAUUGUGGUUUCCAACCCCGUCGACGUGUUGACCUACGUGACCUGGAAGCUGAGCGGUCUGCCCAAGCACCGCGUGAUCGGCAGCGGCACCAACCUGGACUCGGCCCGCUUCCGCUACCUGAUGGCCGAACGCCUCGGCAUCCACGCCAGCUCCUUUAACGGCUGGGUGCUGGGCGAGCACGGAGACACCAGCGUACCGGUGUGGAGCGGCGCCAACGUGGCGGGAGUCAGCCUGCAGAGCCUGAACCCGGAUAUCGGCACCGAUGGCGAUGAGGAGCAGUGGACGGCCACGCACAAGGCUGUCGUGGACAGCGCCUACGAGGUGAUCAAACUGAAGGGCUACACCAACUGGGCAAUCGGGCUGAGCGUGGCGGACCUGACUGAGAGCAUCGUGAAGAACAUGAGCCGGGUCCAUCCGGUCUCCACCAUGGUCAAGGACAUGUACGGCAUCAAGGAGGAGGUCUUCCUGUCUCUGCCCUGCGUGCUGAACGGCGCCGGCGUGACCAGCGUGGUCAACAUGACGCUGACGGACGGCGAGGUAGACCAGCUGAGGAAGAGCGCCGACACGCUGUGGGGCAUCCAGAAGGACCUCAAGGACAUCUGAACCCCCCCCCCCCCCCCACCCACGUAGACACCUCCCCCUUCACCACCCCCCCCCCUCUCUCUCGCUGUGAUUUUGAAGGAGAACACUGACGUCUUUCAAACAUCGUGUGGCCGUAAACUUCAGUUUUACAUUCGUCACCUGGCCUGAUGUGACUGAUGCAUGAUGUCACCUUAUGAUGCAUGAUGUCACCUUAUGAUGCAUUAUGUCACCUUAUGAUGCAUUAUGCCACCUUAUGAUGCAUUAUGUCAUAUUAUGAUGUAUUAUGUCACCUUAUGAUGCAUUAUGUCAUAUUAUGAUGCAUUAUGUCACCUUAUGAUGCAUUAUGAUGCAUUAUGUCAUAUUAUGAUGCAUUAUGUUACAUUAGUAUGCAUUGUCACCGUAUGAUGCAUUAUGUCAUACUAUGAUGCAUUAUGUCACCUUAUGAUGCAUUAUUAUGCAUUAUGUCAUAUUAUGAUGCAUUAUGUCACAUUAUGAUGCAUUAUGUCAUAUUAUGAUGCAUUAUGUUACAUUAUUAUGCAUUAUGUCACCUUAUGAUGCAUUAUGUCAUACUAUGAUGCAUUAUGUCACCUUAUGAUGCAUUAUGUCAUAUUAUGAUGCAUUAUGUCACCUUAUGAUGCAUUAUGUCACCUUAUGAUGCAUUAUGUCAUAUUAUGAUUCAUUAUGUCAUAUUAUGAUGCAUUAUGUCACCUUAUGAUGCAUUAUGUCACCUUAUGAUGCAUUAUGUUAAAUUAUAAUGCAUUUUGUCACCUUCUACUUCUUGUCAAUCAUCUUUAAGUUUUCCCUUUUUCCCCCCGUGAAAGUUUUCUUUCUCCAUUUUUUGGGAGUUUUUCCUGAUCCGAUGUGAGGUCAAAGGUCAGGGAUGUCGCAUGUGUACAGAUUGUAAAGCCUUUUUAGGAUAAUUUGGGCUGUACAAAAUAAACUGAAUUGAAUUGAAUAGAAAGACGGCUGUGCUCCUUUAAAAGAUACACAGAAUCUCUCCCCACCAGGCUGAUGUUGGUGUGUAACCGUGUUUGUGCGUAGAGACGUGAGCUGACCUGUGUCACCGUCCUCCUCCACCAGUCGCCGCUUGACGCGUUCCUUUAGUUUAGCACUCAGAGAAAGAUCUGUAACAGAAUCCAAGAAGAUGCCGUCUUCCUUCCUUUUGUCGAACAGUGGUUCCUCAGUGUGAGCGAAGGGAGAGGGAACGUCCAGCUCCAGAUGUUUAUGUCUGACCUUGUGUUUGUGUGUAACUCAAUAAAGUUGAACCUGGUAAAGUCCA